GGCCAAUUGCCAUGUGACAAAACGGCCGAUGUCGACAGCGGUGUUGCCUUGUUUAGUUCAAGGUUACAGAAUAUAUGAAUUAGCGUCAGUUGUACUUGCCUGAGAGUGAGUUGCUACAAGUUGCGGUAACCGCUAACAUAGCCGGGAAGACGUUGUUUUAGAGUUUGUAUAGCUGCAUGGUGAUUCUGUUCAGAGCGGUGGAAGUUAAAAUGUCUCGUUUUCAUCCAAUGCUCGCUGUUACAGCUAUUAUGUUAUACAUAGCCAUAUGCGAAAGCGCGAUUACCGCCUGUGUCGACAAUAGCAGCUGUAACGGACACGGCACGUGCCCCACCUCUUGUUCAUCUCGGUGUUCGUGCACGGAUGGCUACGGUGGUUAUGACUGUACUAUCCCCCCAGUCUGCACUAUUGGCGGAACGGAGUGUGGUCCCCAUGGCAGCUGUUCAACAUCAUACAGCCCAUAUCACUGCAUAUGCACGGAUGGAUAUUCAGGGCCAACGUGUACAACAGCCCCAGUCUGCACUAGUGGCGGAAAGGAGUGUGGUGCCCAUGGCAGCUGUACAACAACAUCCGGCCAAUACUACUGCGCAUGCACGGACGGAUAUUCAGGGCCAACGUGUACCACAGCUCCAGUCUGCACUAUUGGUGGAACGGAGUGUGGUCCCCAUGGCAGCUGUUCAACAUCAUACAGCCCAUAUCACUGCAUAUGCACGGAUGGAUAUUCAGGGCCAACGUGUACAACAGCUCCAGUCUGCACUAUUGGUGGAACGGAGUGUGGUCCCCAUGGCAGCUGUACAACAACAACAUCUGGCCAAUACUACUGCGCAUGCACGGACGGAUAUUCAGGGCCAACGUGUUCCACAGCACCAACAGUCUGCACAGCAGGAGGGAACGAAUGUGGGGCCAAGGGAGGCUGUAACACAUGCAUGAACCCCUCUGUCUGUCAGUGUUAUUUCGGCUAUGGCGGAAAUACAUGCACCAUAGCUCCACCGUGCACCCCCAACGGAAGUGAGUGUAAGAACGGAGGACUGUGUAUCACAUCAACAUUCCCCUACAAGUGCCUCUGUCAUCCAGGUUAUAGUGGACCCACAUGUCAAGGUGCUGGGAGUCGGGUUUCUUGCUUCAUGGCCACGCUCAUCAUCUCUGCAUUGGCGAGUUUGUUCUUCGUGCAAUUCUAAUCACCAUGAGGCUUAAAUAAUGUCAUGAUAAAUUGACCGUCUAAAUUGUGGAACUAUUUCUAGAAAUAUAUUUGUUUGCUUCAAAGAAUGUGCUAGUGGCCUCUAAUCUAAAUCUAACUUAUGCCAAUGGUUGUAGAAUAUGAAUGGAAAUAUAUUGCACUCACAAAAUCAAGAAACGCAAAACCACAUGUUGAUGCUAUUGAAACGAAGACUUGUUGAUCGUUGAUUGGUACGUCAGAUAAUGUCAGCAUUUUUAAAGAACUCCACAGCUGACUCCGGUCAAUGUUGCUGAAAUGACAGAUCACAGGUCCAGUGUCAAGGUCCUCACCGGUCACCGCUCCCUGUGUGUUGAGGACUACCUGACAUGUCCUGUCUUUAGAACCAUUCAGAGCACGUGUCACACCCUGCGGAAUGGUGGCCCAUUCUUCUGCAAUGCUCGAACGAGGCUGUGGUUGUCCUGUCCGAUGAUGUUUUGGGUUUAAGUAUCGUGUAUCGUGAAUUUUCCGACGACUGCGAGGAAAUAUGAGGGGUUUCCCACAUGACAUUCGAUUAAAUGCUGUACCACUAAGUCGACUAAUUUUACUUUGAAUCCCGAAUGCAUCCCUUUUGCGUUUCUUUAUUAUGAAGAGUUUACAUGUACAUGCGUCAUUGUCCUGCUUCUUGUAACCUAUGCGAUCAUAGGAAAUGAUUGUUACUUGUGUUACUUACUGAAUCUGUCAAUACGAAUGAAACUCUCUUACAAUGGCUUUGCUGAAACACCAAACUCAUUACAAUAUUCAUUGCCCUUCACAAUCAGUCGUGUUUCGUUUGUGAUAUUCAGGUGUUCUUGCAACAUCCUUGUUUUCUCUUCUACUAUUAUUUAGUAUGUUGAUGAAUGUCAAAGCAUGACAAAUUACACAGUGCGUUUUAUAGUGAUCAUAACACGAAUAACGGUAUGCUUUCAUUUGUAUAUUUGAAUCGGAGUGGAAUACUAAUAAAUGUUGAUGCUAUAUGUUCAAA